GGUUAGUAUAGGUUGUUAGUUUAGUAAGCGGACUGUCGUGUAGUUAUUCGUCGAAUGUUGAGUUGCGUCCACAGCCGUCCACAGCUGUUUUUUUAAAUACGAUUAACUCAAUUCCUCAUCCCCCGCGUUUACACUUCCGUUGAUUUCAGCAAACAACAAUUUAAUAAUACAGAAUAGUAAAGGCACAUAUAGCGCUAUACAAAAGCGUAUUGAUGUCUGAUCGAGAUCACCAGAUUAAAAAUGUCGCUUCGAUGCGCACAGGUGGUGUGGCUGGUGACGGAAAAGGGGCUGAUGGAUUGCCGACGGUCGUUCCGUUUCAACAGACUCGAGCCCCAGUUGCAUUUAACAAAGCUAUGGAAUCGGUUACUAUUUCUUCCACUACUGGCAAGCGCGGAAGCCGAUCCAGCGCAAGUUCCAGUGAAAUGAGUGCAUCAAAGUUGGAUGCUGUGAACAGCGAGAGACAAGGCCGAGACAACCCUUCAUUUCACCAAGAAGAGGACGACAUCCCUGUUAAUCAGACGUAUUACGCCGACGAAUUGAUCAGCGUGCCCGACUUGAAUGAAAGCAAGUUCAGCUUUCGCACUCUUUGGGCUUUCACUGGUCCGGGCUUUCUCAUGAGCAUUGCUUAUCUAGAUCCGGGUAAUAUUGAAUCGGAUUUGCAGUCAGGAGUUGUGGCCGGUUAUAAGUUAUUAUGGGUGCUGAUGUCUGCGACAAUCAUGGGGCUUUUGGUUCAACGCUUAGCCAUUCGAUUGGGUAUGGUUACAGGCCUCCAUUUGGCCGAAAUGUGUUACAAACAAUACCCUAAAACACCCCGCCUGAUUUUAUGGAUUAUGGCUGAGAUCGCAAUCAUCGGGUCCGACAUUCAGGAAGUCAUCGGAACGUCACUCGCUAUUUACAUUCUCUCAAAUCAAGCAAUUCCUAUCUGGGGUGGUGUCCUUAUUACAGUAUUCGACACUUUUACUUUCCUACUGCUUGACAGAUACGGCUUGCGAAAGUUGGAAUUUUUCUUUGGCUUCCUCAUUACUGUCAUGGCUAUAACCUUUGGAUACGAAUACGUUCACGAUCCGCCGCCACAAAUCGAAGUCAUCAAAGGUCUCUUCAUUCCGGGUUGCGCUGGUUGCGGCCCGGAUGGCGUUCUCCGAGCUGUAGGAAUCGUCGGCGCAGUCAUUAUGCCUCACAAUCUUUUUCUGCAUUCGGCUCUAGUCAAGUCCCGCAAUGUUGACCGCAAAGAUAAGGGCUCCGUUAAGCAAGCAAACAUGUAUUUCUUCAUUGAGUCGUGUAUCGCUUUAUUCAUUUCAUUCAUCAUCAACAUUUUCGUCGUCUGUGUCUUCGCUUACGGCCUUUUCGGAAAAACCAAUCUCGAUGUGCAAGAUUUAUGUGCAAACAGUACUUCUUCUUCUUCGCAAGAAGAAAUUGAGGAAUUCUUCCCGUCCAAUAAUGAAACGGUUGAUGCUGACAUUUACCGCGCUGGACUCUUUUUGGGCUGUAAAUAUGGUGACGCAGCCAGAUACAUUUGGGCCGUUGGAAUUCUAGCUGCUGGUCAAUCGUCCACCAUGACAGGAACUUACAGUGGCCAGUUUGUUAUGGAGGGCUUUUUAAAUUUGCACUGGGCUCGCUGGAAGAGAGUGUUGCUCACGCGAACAAUUGCCAUCGCUCCAACUCUUUUCUUGGCUAUUUUCGCCGAUAUUCAACAGUUGACUGGUCUAAACGAUUAUCUUAACGCUGUCAUGAGUUUACAGUUGCCCUUCGCCUUGAUUCCAACAUUGACUUUUACCAGCUCACCAAAGAUAAUGGGCGAUUUUGUUAACGGAUUAUUUAACAAAAUCCUUCUGCUGAUUUUGGCGGCGGUCGUCGUCAGCAUCAAUCUCUAUUUCGUGGUUGUGACGAUCCAGGAAACUCUACCUCCGCACUGGGCAAUCUACACCGCGUUCGGGAUCGCAGGCAUACUCUACAUGAGCUUGGUUUUAUAUUUAAUUCUUCACUUGAUUGAAUCCUUCGGUGGACGUUGCUGCGCCCGUUUACCGAUUGUAUCUGGACUGGUCAAUCCAAAUCAAUACCAUUUAUCAAGAAGUGAAGCAACGGAAUCCAUCUCUUUUGUUACCAGCACCCAUUCCUUGGAAUUGUCAAAUGCUGAUAAACAAAAGCAGAACAAAAAUUCCGAUGAUAUCUCCUACAACAGUGAUAACGUCAGUCAUCGCGGUAGUCUUCAAGGCAGUAUACGUGACAAAAAUUAACUCCCACAGUUUUAAUUCAAAUAAUAUAUUUUUUUUAUUUUUCACGUCGGCUGAUCACGGACUCAAUUUCCUUUUGUUUCUGUAGAAUACUUAAAAUCUUAUAGUAGACUUACAACUUAAUUCAUUAAUUGGCAUAUUAGUAUUUGUCUCGCAAAAAGUAAUAGCCGGAUAUAGUUCCCAAUUGCCAAUUUUUUGCGGCAAAGGAAGACGUACUGUCUCUUCAGAAGAUCUGAAAGGAGUGCAAUCUUCUCAAUGUAUAUUACAAUUUAGAAGCUUGUUAUUAGCUCAUUUGAAAAAAGAAACAGACAUCAGCCGCUUAUUUUUGAAUGCCUGUUCCUACUGCUCUAUAUACUUGCUGCUAUAGUGUAUUUCAAUUGACGAUCGCUCCGAUUCCGUAAUAAUACAUUUAUGAUCCAAAUACCAA